AUGCUCAUCGCUUCUAACUACUCAGUCAACCUUUCAGACCUGGCGCUCGGCUCCGACCUCCCCCCCAGCCCCUUCAGCCUCGCCCAAAAGAUAGUCAUCGCAUUCUUCGCCAGCGUACUCUCCGUACUCACCGUCGUCGGCAACUCCAUGGUCAUGAUCUCUUUCAAGAUCGACAAGCAGCUACAAACCAUCAGCAACUAUUUCCUAUUCUCCCUCGCCGUCGCGGACUUCGCCGUCGGCUUGAUAUCAAUGCCCCUGUACACCAUGUUCACGAUAUACGGCUACUGGCCGCUGGGACCCCACAUUUGCGACACCUGGCUCGCGCUAGACUACCUUGCCUCCAACGCAUCGGUCCUCAACCUUUUGAUAAUAAGUUUUGAUAGGUAUUUUAGUGUGACAAGACCGCUUACGUACAGAGCGAAAAGGACUACACGCCGUGCGACUGUGAUGAUAGGGGGAGCGUGGGGAUUCAGUUUGAUACUAUGGCCGCCAUGGAUCUACGCGUGGCCGUACAUCGAUGGCGAGAGGAAGGUGCCUGAGCGAGAGUGCUACAUACAGUUUAUAGAGACCAAUCAGUUUAUUACGUUUGGGACGGCAAUCGCCGCGUUCUAUGUGCCAGUGACAGUUAUGUGUUUUUUGUACUAUAAGAUAUGGAGGGAGACAAAGAAAAGACAGAAGGACCUGCCUAAUCUGCAGGGGGGGAAGAAGCAUGAUUCGUCGAAGAGGUCCAAUUCCAGUGACGAAACGAGGGAAGCGGAUGGACGUGCGCGCUCGGAGUCAGGGGAUGCUGAUUCAGUUUACCACGUGCGAGGCGCACUGCAUGACAAUCGGUGGAGGGACCAACAGGCCUGUUCGUAUCGUCAGCAGAAGCGCGGUUGGGCAGCUGUGAGGGACUGGUGCGUGGCGUGGUGGCACUCCGGGAGGGAAGACCUCGAAGAUACGGAGCCUGAGGAGGAACCCUCCGACCCGGGGUACGGUACUCCUGUAUCUGUGGAGACGCCGCUGCAGAGUUCUGUGUCAAGGUGUACGUCCCUGAAUGUCAUCAGAGAUCCAUACGCUGGUCGCGGGGGCUCCUGUGGCUCUAGCGUGGCUGAUGGAGGAUCAUCACCCUUGCGACGAAACUGUGAACCCCUUCCAGCCGCAAGAGAAAGUCGCUCUCUUCCCCCAAACACUAGAAUAAACGCCUCUACCUCACCCGCUCCGAAGUCAGCGUCCGCUGACUCCGUUUACACGAUCCUGAUCAGAUUACCCGACGCUGACUCAGAAAGACCUACUAUAAAAAUGAUCACGGAGGAAUCACCACCGAAUGCGAGAUCGCAUUAUCGCCCACCUGCUCGAGGAGACUCCGAACUAAACCUACAUCCAGCAGGACACCCGGCUUUAACGAGAAGGACGUCACAUAUACAAGACGUUAGAAUACCGCUAAACGCUAAAAUAAUCCCGAAGCAAUUAGCCGGUAAAUGCAUAACCUCGAAACAACCAAAGAAAAAGAAGACUCAGGAGAAGAAACAAGAAACGAAAGCGGCGAAAACGCUCUCAGCUAUUCUCCUCUCGUUCAUUAUCACUUGGACGCCUUACAACAUUCUUGUACUACUUAAACCUUUUACUGCUCGGAUAUAUAUACCGGAAGAACUUUGGUCCUUUUUCUACGCCCUGUGUUACAUUAACUCUACAAUAAACCCUGUAUGCUAUGCUCUGUGCAACGCCACUUUUAGGAAAACAUAUGUCAGAAUUUUGACUUGUAAGUGGCAUAACAGAAAUAGGGAAGCUAUGACUAGAGGUGUGUAUAAUUAG